AUGGGGGAAGCCGACGAAUUGCAGUUUUUCGAGAAACUCGAGCCGCCGCCCGAAGAAGAGGAACCAGCGCCAGUAACGGGUUAGUUUUCAGGUUUUGGUGCAGAAAUACUCAAAAAAUGUUAUAGUAUCUACAGGCGGAUACUUCUCAAGCUUCAUUGGGCAGAUAUUUCGGACCGACGGGACGCCGCAAGCAAACGGAAACGUGGUUCAUCCAAUUCCAGAUGGACGACAGAAUUUGGAACGGACAGAGUCUGGCGGUUUGUUUUCUAUUUUACAGGCCGGAAGUUCAAGGUUUACAUUUCAGAAUCACGUACCUCCGAGGAAAGUGGAUUCCAGAGAUCGUUGACGGACAAGUUCAGCGGAUUGCUCAAGUCCAAACCGAAUCCAAAACUGAAAAAUUAUAAUGACAGCAAUUUCAGUGAGAUCUUGGCUUCAGUAGACGUGAAUAAUGUGCUCAUCUUUUUUCAGAGCAGUAUUGGAUGCCCGACUCAACGGGAAGGGAAUGUUAUCAGUGCGAGGAACGAUUCACCACUUUUCGGUAUGAAACUUACUCUCACAAUUAAAGGAAGACGUAAAUAUUUCUCAGACGCCGUCAUCACUGUCGUCUUUGCGGUCAAAUCUUCUGUGCCAAAUGCUGCAGCAGUCACAUCGACGGGGCCUCGUUAGGUUUUUGUCGAAAAUCAAUGUUUGUGUGCAAAAACAAUCCAAUUCAGGUUACAUGGGCGAGCUGCGCCUUUGUGAUUGGUGCGCACGAAAGGUGCAGCGGCUGGCCGAGGAAGGGAAACAGAAUCCGACGAGGAGUCAGACACCUGUGAACAACAGGAAAAUCAGUUUCGACAGAAGCAAUUCGCAUAAAAACUCGGAUGCUGUGAAGACCGUCUCAAAUGGUGAGUUCGACGACUCGCGCAGCUCGCAAAGUGCGUUUUCUCAAUUUUUUCAGGGGCAAUAUGGUCUCUCUGUCCUCCGGAGUCAAAUAUUCCAUCAGAAAUCACUUCACCGCCACAAAUCGAUAGUCGUCGUCAAUCGAUCUCAACGGGUAAUAGCCCCGGCAUUCCGACGAUUCUAUCAGUGACCGAUCUGUGUGCAAGCAACUCGGCAAUGCUCAAGAACGACAUUGUUCAUCCGACAAUAGCGGAAGAAGAAGAGUCCGGUCCCGAUUGGUUCCGGAGCAUGCACCCGGGAAUGGACGGUGUCGUUAAUAAUGAGGUGAGAGUGCAAGCUGCGAAUUCAUUUUGUAUUCACAUUCUUGAUUCAGACAUCUGAUUCCGCGGACGUGUUCGCUUAUGCCAACAUGGCUGGAGCGAUCACCAACGAGUUCACCGACAUGAUGGAAGCAAGAGCCGCCGAUGUGACGUCAGACAGAAAGAUCACGUUUCCAUCUCUCUCGCCUGACGAAUCCAUUAUAAACGCAGCGAAAGAAGAGCAAAGAGACAAUUUGGAAGAGCUUUUCCGUCGGAACACAGAACGAGUGCUAGAUGAAGUAUUGAAACGGGAAUACAUCCGAGAGGACAAGUGGAAAGAUCUCAUCCUCAAAACUGUCUACGAUGUGGUCGAAAACAUCGAUGUCAACGUGCCACUCGGCGAUUCUAUGAACAUUGCAGAGUACGUUCAUCUCAAAAAAGUCCAUGUCGCCGGCGGAGAAGUGAACUCGGAAAUCAUCUGGGGAGUGGCGUGCAGUAAGAGCAUGCUAUGUGAGCCAGUGGUUAAUGAAGACGAUGACCGGACGACAGAAUCCAUCAUGAUUGUCAGUGGGUCAAUCGAGUAUGAGCGAGUCUCCAACAAACUCUCGUCAAUUGAGCCGAUCAUGGUGCAGGAGGAAAAGUUUUUAGAAAAGCAGGUUAGAAUAGAGUUAGACUAACAAAAUUUCGGGCAAAAACCAACCAUUCUUCAGAUUGACCGCAUUGCCACCAAACGAGCGUCACUCAUCCUCGUGGAAGGAGCCGUCUCUCGAAUCGCAGCCCAACUUCUUCAUAAAAAAGGAAUCAAAGUGGCGGUGAACGUGAAAAUGAGCACUCUCCAAAGGAUUUCCCGAGCCACCGGCGCCGACAUUGUCUCGAACUCAGAUGCACAACUCGUCGAACAGAAUUUGGGGUGUUGUCCUGAAUUCGAGCAGCGGAACAUGUUGCAAGAAGACGGAAGAAUCAAACCGUUGAUGAUAUUUGCCGACUGUCGGAAAGAGAAUGGAUGCACAAUUCUGCUGCAUGGCGACGACUUCAAAGAGUUGGUGGCUGUGAAGAGGGUCGUCCAGUUUCUGGUCACAAUUGCCUAUUCAAAUCAUCUGGAGCAGGCUUACCUCAAUGCGUUCAACACGACUAUCGCGAGAAGACAAUCGGAUUGUAUCGUGUGUGAGAAACGGAGAACAAUUGUGUAUUCGCAGGGCGAGAAGGUAGGAUUGAGGAGACAAGUAGACAGUUAAGAAUAGUUUUGCAGACAGAAUUCGAGCAGAAUUUAUAUGCGGCAAUGCUGACGAGCUCGCCGGUCGUAGAGUUUGAACCGCCCUUCCUGGAGACUGCAAUCGGAAGGUGAGUGAAUAAACAAAACAUAAACAAACGCAACAGCAGAAAUAACAUUUGGGCGUCUGCAAACACUGCCACGCAAAACUGCACAUUAUGGGCCAUUACGAAACGUGUACACAGUUAAAUUUUGCAAACAACUUUUCUUUUUGUUGCAGAGAAUGUCCACUCAUGGCUUACUUCAAGCAGCCGUUGUACAAACUACUCAAACCGGGUGAUGUCGAGUUGAUCAAAGAGGGAUAUGAAGAAGAUGUUCCUCCGGUUGUGAAGAAACCACCACUGGUCGUAGAGCCCCGGCAUGUCUUUGCACAAAGCAAUCGGGGAGCUAUGCUCAAGAGUUUGGCCCGCUCUUUCCGUCUGUUUGGAGGUAUCAACUUCCGCAGACGAACUGAACAGAUUGUGAAGCAUCGGAAGAUCGAGCAGACUGAGAAACAGCCAUUCCGAGCGAAAGACGUGCUGGAUCCUCGUGUCCAUCAGACCCUUGCCGUCCUCUUUGGGUCAUUCUCCCGCAAGUCACCCAAUGCGCCGUACUUCUGCGUCCGUCCAUGGGUCGUCAGUAUGCAGUACUAUAAAGAUCACGACAUGACUCUUGGGGAGUUUCUUGUGAAGUACUGCUUCAAUCGCAGCUACGAGUGUCCGUCGUCGAAUUGUGAAGUGCCGAUGCUCGACCACGCGCGCAAGUUGGUCUACGGACGAGUUUGUGUGGAGAUUUCUACUCAAACUGUAAGCGAUACUGAAAAUGUCAUCGAAUCGGAUCCACAGAAGACAAUCAUGACAUGGAGAAACUGUGGAAAGUAGGGGAAAAGCGCAUCGGAGUUCAAUUGAAAUUUUGUUUUUUGUCAGGUGUAACUGCUCCUCUCAGAUGGUCAAGUUUGACAAAAACAUCUGGCAUCUCUCGUUCGCAAAGUUUCUGGAGUAUCUUGGCAAUUCGUGCUUCACAACUGACACCAUCUAUCCGAUAACUACACAGAAUCAGUGUUCGCAUUGUUUCUUCCAUGAAAAGCUGUACUUUUUUGCAAUGGAGAACCUCGUGACGACUUUCAAAGUGAUUGCGGUGAGUUUUUUUUUGUUUUUUUUCAUGGUCAACACUGUUUCUUACAGAUCCGUCCGUACAGCGUCGUCUUCUCACCCAUCAUCUGCAACGUAAAAGUGCAGAAAGUGAGCAAAAAAGAAUUGGGAGAUGAUGUGAGCCGGAUCGCAACUCUCGCAUUGACCGCCUGCGAAGAGACCAACAAGCAAUUGGCGGACCUUGACGAGGAAGUGCAGAUCACUCCGGUUGUGGUAAAACUGGCGGGAGCAAUCAGGAAUACAAUGGGAUUGGCGAGUGAGAGUCGCAUGUUCGCCAAGAAAAUAUUGGCCGGCGAGGAAGAGCUCAUUCUCUCCAAUGAUCGAUUGUACCGAGAAGUGACGGACACGUUCAUGAAGGUCCGAGAAGUGACUUACAAUCUCAUCGCGCUUUGGAAUGAGAACUGUUCGACCAUCAAGACUCCAAAACGAACUCCGGAAGAUAUUCAGGAAAUUGUGGCUCUGCAGAAGUUGGAGAACCCAUUCCCCUCGCACCUUCAUCUUUCGAUCAAAUUGCAACCAAGACUGGGAGUAGUUGUCCGAGACAUUCAAGAUUCUCGAGGCAACUACAAACCAGACAUCGGAAGCAUCAUUGCCUACGCCCUUUCUGCCGUGGAUUACAACAAAGUGCCCGAGCAAGCGGACACUAUUUCCGUGGAUUCUGCGAGCUCCUCAAAAGAAAUUCCAGUUGACGACGGAGAGAAUCUUGCUUCCAAUCAACAUCUUGAGGUGGAGUUUGAGGAUGAAUCCGCGUCUUAUUACGUGAAAGUGAGUCAUAUUUUCAGGCUAUUCGGUAAAAUCAAUGACUUUUUAAAGAUGUUCUACGCGGAAAAGUUCCGUAAGCUCAGGGAACUGCUGAUCGCCGAAGGAGAAGAGACGUUCAUCAGAUCGCUCUCCAACAGCACGUUUUGGACACCUCAGGGCGGAAAGUCCGGAUCCUUCUUCUACCGUACUCAAGACGACCGUUUUGUUGUGAAACAAAUGUCGCGCUUUGAAAUCCAAUCGUUCGUCAAAUUCGCUCCAAACUACUUUGACUACUUGACGACGUCGGCGACCGAAAGCAAGCUGACCACUCUGUGCAAAGUUUACGGGGUUUUCCGGAUAGGAUACAAGAGCAAGACGACGACGUUGAAAGUCGAUAUUCUGGUAAUGGAGUACUUGUUCUACAAUCACAACGUCAGUCAGGUCUGGGACCUGAAAGGGUCACUCAGAAAUCGGUGAGUAUUCACUAUGCUCGGAUAUCUUAACGGUUUUCAAAGUUGCAGGUUGGCGUCUACGGGCAAGAGCCCCACUGAAAUGGUCCUUCUCGAUGAGAACUUUGUGAAGGACCUUUGGAAUCAACAACUCUACGUGCUUCCCCAUUCGAAAGCCGCCAUGAACCAGGCGAUCAGCAACGACAGCCACUUUUUAAGCUCUCAAUACAUCAUGGAUUACUCGUUGCUCGUCGGCGUCGACGAUGACAACGGAGAGCUAAUUCUGGGUAUUGUAGACUAUAUGAGGACUUACACAUUGGAUAAGGUACGGUCACUCUUUUCCUCAAUAUCUAUGGUCCAUUUUUCAGAAACUCGAAUCAUGGGUCAAAAUCGUUGCCAUUCCGGGAGCUCAUCUUCCGACAAUUCUGAGUCCGGAAAUGUACUGCGCCCGUUUUUCGGAAGCCAUCGACUCGUAUUUCCCUGUUGUUCCCGAUCAAUGGACCGGUCUCGGAUCUAUCCGAUCUUAUUGA